GUACGGUUAGUGAUUGGUGCAGACGGUGGAUCAGCGGUAAUUUCAUCAAUCGCGCAAACGGUGAUAAGAUCGAUUCUGCUCAAUGAAACCAUCAAAGAGGCGAUUGACGCUCAACGUCUGCAUAAUCAGUUUAUGCCGUAUCAAACUUUAUAUGAACAGACUUUUCCGAAGGAAUUAGUUGAUGUGUUAAGCGAUCAGUAUGCUCAAAAUAUGACUGCAACAGAACAAGUGAGCAGUGUUGUGCAUGCGCUCGAGGUGCGUGACGAUGGUUUUAUUCAUGGAAAUUGCGAUUUCAGACGGCAUAUCUCAACUUAUCCGUGUGGAUUUUAA